UCUCUCUCUCUAGUAGCCGCUCCCCCUGCCCCAUUUCAAUUUCAAAUCUCCAUUCCUCUCUCUCUCUCUCUCACGCGCUCGCCACGCCGCUCCUCCUCCGCCGCUCCUCCCCUACGCAGCCGAGCCAAACCCUAACCCUACCCGGCGGCCGCCGUCCCGAUGUCCGACUCCGAGGCGUCCCCGUCCCCGUCCCCGCCGACUGCUCCGGCCGCCGCAGCGCCCGCGGCGCUGACGGAGACCGCCCCGUCCUCGGAGAGGAAGGAAGAGCUGCUGCCCGUGGAGGAAAAGAUCUCGGAGUUAAGUGAGUCACAAUCAGAGCUUCUAGGGAGACUCCGUGGCCUUAAGGAGGAUCUGCUGAGUUGGAGGAGUAAUUUAGACUCCCAAGUGACGAAAUACAAAGUGGAACUCUCUGACAUCAAGAGUGCACUCAAUAACGAAAUAGAGCAGCUUCGUUCAGAUUUCCAAGAGCUGAGGACCACCCUUAAGAAGCAGCAGGAAGAUGUGUCACUUAGCUUAAAGAAUUUGGGGCUUGAAAAUGCUACCGAAAAUGAUGCGAACAAAGGAAAUGGAGAGGACACAAAUGAGGUCCUGUCAGCUAACUUAGGGAACUUGAAACUGGAUGGUUCUUCUGAAAACUAUGAUGAAACCAGAGACUCAAAGGAGGACAAUGUGGAAAACACUGACACAGCUGAUUUUGUCAUUGUUGACAAAGCUACUAAGGAGGCGAGCUCAACCGAUGAACAAUUCAAUGCAGAAAACUGAAAUGGAGCUGCUUAUAUUGUUUGCGUCUCUGCUGUAGAAAUUCUAAGAACAGCGAUAAGUUAGUUCCUGUAUAAGAAAAUGAGUCCAUGCUUUGCGAUGGCUCAGUCGGGUUGGUUAUGGAAUGCUUUUGGGGCCUGUGAGGCCUAAGGAUCCAAAUGUCCUCUGGAGUUGUGGUGACAGUUGUUUAAACAAUUGAAAGUUAUGGUAUGGUAUCAUGUGCCACUUGCUCACUUGAAUGCAUUUCUGCUGGUUU